AUUCCCUAGCCAGCCAUGCUGGCUGGGGAACUCUGGGAGUUGAAGUCCACAAGUCUUAAAGCUGCCACGGUUGGACACUCCUGCCUUAAGAGAAAGAUCUCAGCGGUUCCCCAAGGAAGAUUUUCGGAGCGUCUCGACGGCAUUUCCCGGGGCGAGAGAAGCCGCACCUUUGGGCUCAAACCCGGAUCGAAACCGUUCCGCAACGGCGAGCUCGAAAACCAGGAUGUUGUCUUAGCCUUAGCGCCAGCCCGCGCUCCCACUAGGCCGCCGAGGAGCGGCCGGUUUGCCGCGCAGCUCCCCCCUCCACCACCGGCUGCAAAGAGGGAAGCAAGUCCGGGCCGAGGCGGCGUGGGAGGGGUUUUACCAGGGCCGGCAGCGGCGUUGCUCGGCAAAAGCCCGACCACGAGCCGGACGGAUGAGUUAGAUGGGGAGGCGUCCAGAAGCGGCGACAUGUCUCUUGAUUUGGAAGACAACGAAGAUGACUUCCAGUCCAGCACCAGCUCUUUGUACAAGUCAACGAACCCCACGAUCCAAGAAGAGAAAGCACUCCUUGAGGAACCAGGGGCAAACCAGUAUGGUUGUUGCAAGCCUAAAGACCACUGGAAUGCCACUUAUAUUAUUUUCUUCCUCCUUGGAACCAACUCUCUCUUGCCCUUAAAUUUUAUCAUCACUGCAAAACAUUACUGGAUGUACAAGCUUCAGAACUGCUCAGAAGACAUUUCUCCCGAAGAGCAGGGAUCCUCAGAUAUCCGUAAUUUCUUUGAAAGCUACAUUUCUGUGGCUUCCACUGUGCCUUCUGUCCUGAGCUUGAUUGGGAACUUCCUGCUAGUCAACAAGGUUUCUGUCAAUGUCCGUAUUCUCUCCUCCCUGGCUGUCAUGCUGGCCGUCUUCCUGGUGAUCACUGUGCUGGUUAAAGUGGACACUUCAGCUUGGACAGUCGGAUUUUUCAUAAUCACCAUUGUUUGUGUGGCUGUCAUCAGCAGUGCUGCCACCAUCUUCAUCAGCAGCGUCUUUGGCUUGUCAGGAUCCUUUCCCAUGAGGAAUUCCCAAGCACUGAUUUCAGGGCAGGCCAUGGGAGGAACUUUGAGUGCCUUGGCUUCAGUGGUGGAUCUGGCAGCAUCAUCGGAAGUCACAAACAGCGCUCUGGCCUACUUCCUCAUAGGGGACAUCUUCAUUGUGUUGUGCAUUGUCAUGUAUCUGAUUCUUCCGAAGCUGGAGUAUGCCAGGUAUUACACUGCAAUGCUGUCACCAAAUGCUUUACCCAGCAGUUACUUGGAGGAAGAGGAUAUGGCAGCAGAUAAUCCCAGCCAGCUGUUGCCAAACAGAAACUAUACUGAUAAAAUCCCUCCUCUGUGGCUCAUCUUGAAGAAGAUUGGCAUGUUAGGUUUCUGUGUCUUCUACGUCUACUUCAUCUCAAUCACCAUUUUCCCUGCAAUCUCAUCCAGCAUUGAGUCUGUGAACAAAUUCUCAGGGAGCCCCUGGACAGAUAAAUAUUUCACACCUGUCACUAGUUUCCUUCUGUACAAUUUUGCUGACUGGUGUGGGCGGCAGAUCACCGCAUGGGUCCAGGUUCCUGGACCACGAAGCAAGUGGCUACCAGCUAUGAUUCUGCUGAGAACUUGUUUCAUCCCCCUCUUCAUGUUAUGCAACUAUCAGCCUCGAACGCACAUUGCAAAAGUCACCUUUGCCCAUGACGUGUAUCCAGUGGUGUUUAUUGUGUCCCUAGGACUUAGCAAUGGCUACCUGAGUACCUUGGCGAUCAUAUAUGGUCCCAAAGUCACUCCGAAGGAACUGUCAGAGGCAGCAGGAGUGUUGAUGAUGCUCUUCAUGCAGGUGGGGUUAGCACUAGGAUCGGGCUUCUCGGUUCUUGUUGUCCAUCUCAUAUAGAUGGAAGAUUUCAAGCCUGGAACUUCACUACUACGAGGACAUUUUCAAAAAGACAGAGCAAACACUGGCCUACCAGUGGAGUAUUCCAUUUUUUAAGAAGUGGUGUAGGCCAGGGGUCCUCAACCUUGGCAACUUUAAGACUUGUGGACUUCAACUCCCAGAAUUUCUCAGCCAGCUUUGCUCAGCCUCAGCUUUGCUGGCUGAGGAAUUCUGAGAGUUAAAGUCCACAAGUCUUAAAGUUGCCAAGGUUGAAGACCCCUGGUGUAGACAUUCUGGCUUUGGGUGUGCAGAAAAAGCUUGGAAAUGCACCACAAAAUGCAGAAGUGGAAUUCCCAUGUAUUAUUGAAGGUCUCGCUUUUUUUUCUUUUUCUUUUUCUUUCUUUUUUUGCAAAUAGGGUUUUAUUUUGAUGGCAAGUAAAUUUAUGUAGCAAUAGGACUCACAUAUCUUCACAGGUUUAUGACAUGGAAACUCUUGUGUUUUUCUAUGGAUAUGAAGGAAUUACAUUCUAGAUUUUAAAGCUCUCAUUAAAAUCAGUCUUCUAAAUUAUUCAGAAUAAUAAAAGUUCAUUUGAGGAACUCUGCAAA